AUGUCUUCCAGCAACAACUCCACAUCUCACCCAAUUCCCAGCAUGGCCGCCCAAAAUGACCAGAACGCAUCUCCGGACAGCUACCAGCUGGCCAUGGCCAAGAAUAACAUCUGGGCCACAAAGCUAGACGAAGAACAGCCAGAUCUCUUCCCAAAGCUGGCCUCAGGCCAAUCUCCCGAAAUCUUGUGGAUCGGCUGUGCCGAUUCCCGUUGCCCCGAGACCACCGUCCUGGGUCUUCAGCCCGGAGACGUUUUCGUCCACCGCAACAUUGCCAAUGUUGUGCAGUACAACGACCUCUCUGCGGCCACCGUCAUUGAAUUCGCCGUCAACUACCUCAAGGUCAAGCACAUCAUCCUUUGCGGUCAUACUAGCUGCGGUGGCAUCAACGCUGCCUUGGCCAACAAAAAGCUCGGCCUACUUGACACCUGGCUUAUGCCCGUUCGACGUCUCCGAGAGCAGCAUAUGGACACUUUGAAGGAUCUCGACCUCAAAGACGCUGCUGUCAAGCUCGCCGAGAUCAACGUUGAAAAUGGACUGCGAGUUCUACGAGAGAACAGUGCGGUCCUCGACGCCAUCCAGGAGCGAGGGCUUAAACUACACGGUGUCAUCUAUGAUGUUGGCAGCGGAAAGCUGAGAGAACUUGAAAUCACUGAGAGCAUGGAUGCAAUCAGCCGACGAAUUGCUUCUUUCAAGACUGUCAAAAAUGAGGAGUGA